AGGAGCCGGCGACCUGAGGGGGGUCUCACAAAAACGGCGCUCUCUCAGAGGAGGCAUCUCACAUAAAGAGAGGAGCUCACGCCAAGCACAGGCGCAGAACGUCAACGGCUUCUACAGCAACCAAGAGAUUGAAGAGACGCAGCGAACUUUUACGCACACGACUUUGGUUUUUGCGCGCGCGCUCAAAGCGCCCCGAGGCGCGCAAAGAUGCUUUGAGGGAUGCAGGAUCUCACCUGACUCCACCGAGGCCUCUGGAAAGCGCUUUGCUUCUUGAAUACCUGCAAGAAAAAGACGUGGAAAAGUUACAUGUCAAAUGGCUCAGGACUUUGGAACCGAAUUGGACGCCCAAGUCAAGGCAUUCCCCUGAGCGCUCUGCGAGAUCGAAGCUACUAUUUUAUUUAUAGUUUGUUUAGCUCCACCUGAGUGAAGAUGCCGAGACCCGGGAAAAACUCUUACAGCGACCAGAAACCCCCGUACUCCUACAUCUCCCUGACCGCGAUGGCCAUCCAGAACUCACCCGAGAAGAUGCUCCCCCUGAGUGACAUUUACAAGUUCAUCAUGGACCGCUUCCCGUAUUACCGGGAGAACACCCAGAGGUGGCAGAACUCCCUCCGACACAACCUGUCCUUCAACGACUGCUUCAUCAAGAUCCCGCGGCGGCCGGAUCAGCCCGGCAAGGGCAGCUUCUGGGCGCUGCACCCGGACUGUGGGGACAUGUUUGAAAACGGCAGUUUCCUGAGGAGACGGAAGCGCUUCAAAGUGCUGCGGGCCGAGCACUUGACCUGCAAAAGCGCCCCGAUGAUGCACUACUUCCACCACCAUCAUCACCACCACCAGCACCCGGGCGGGAAGCUGAGCGCAGCAUCCAGCCACCACGAGCACGCGGUGAGCCCGGUGAGCGCGGUGGGGCGGCUGCCGCAGUUCCAGAGCUACGGGGGCAUCACCUGCGCGCAGCCCGGCGGGUUCAAGCACCCGUUCGCCAUAGAGAACAUAAUAGGCCGGGACUAUAAAGGAGUGAUGGCAGGGGGGGUGCCUCUCUCCUCGGUCAUGCACCACCUGGGCUACCCCAUGGCCCCUCAGCUCAGCAGCGUGGUCAGCUCCAUGUGGCCACACGUCGGGGUUCUGUCGGAGACCAUGGGUGGCGUGGCUCUGCCCUCCUCCUCCGAGUAUUCCCCCUUCGGCGUCCAGGCAAAAGGCUUGUACAGCAGCAGCAGCAGCGGGCAAACACUGCCUGCCAUCCCCGUGCCCAUCAAAGCCACCCCGGCUCUGGGCGCGGUUCCCGGCUUGAACCCGCAUCAGCUCUGCGCUCCGGCCGCCAUGAUGGACAAAAGUGACCUGGAGGGUAAAGGUAACCCUCUGCACCCGGCUCUCCUCUUGUCUUAG